AAAAUCAGCUUGAUUGGCCACCGGAAGCGCGUUCUGGCAUCUUUGGGAGACAGGCUUCACGAAGAUCCUCCUCAGAAACCACCUCGGUCAAUAACCCUCAGGGAACCCAGCGGUAACCACACUCCUCCUCAGUUGUCUCCAUCACUUAGCCAAAGCACUUUCACUACUGGUGGCUCCCUGGACGUUCCCCACAUUAUCAUGCAGGGCGAUGCAAGGAGAAGAAGAAAUGAAAACUAUUUUGAUGAUAUUCCCCGGUCAAAGUUGGAGAGGCAGAUGGCACAGUCCUCUGUCUGUGAGAUCUGGACCAACCAGAAUGCAGGAUAUCCUUUCUCAUCGAUUCAUCAGGUUCAUAAUACAGGAGACUGGGGAGAGCCUUCAAUUACCCUGAGACCUCCAAAUGAAGCCACAGCAUCAACGCCUGUACAAUAUUGGCAACAUCAUCCAGAGAAACUCAUCUUCCAGUCAUGCGAUUAUAAAGCAUUUUAUUUAGGUUCUAUGCUGGUAAAAGAGUUAAGAGGCACAGAGUCAACACAGGAUGCGUGUGCAAAGAUGAGGAAGUCUACAGAACAAAUGAAGAAAGUACCAACCAUUGUCCUGUCUGUCUCUUACAAGGGAGUCAAAUUUAUUGAUGCAACAAAUAAGAAUAUUAUCGCUGAACAUGAAAUCCGUAACAUUUCCUGUGCUGCACAAGACCCUGAAGACCUUUCUACAUUUGCGUACAUCACUAAAGACUUGAAGACUAAUCACCACUACUGCCAUGUAUUCACUGCAUUUGAUGUGAAUUUAGCUUACGAAAUCAUUCUUACACUAGGACAAGCGUUUGAGGUGGCCUAUCAGCUUGCACUACAAGCACGAAAAGGGGGCCAUUCUUCAACCCUCCCAGAAAGCUUUGAAAAUAAACCCUCCAAGCCUAUUCCCAAACCACGUGUUAGUAUUCGGAAGUCAGUGCAGAUAGAUCCAUCUGAACAAAAGACUCUUGCAAAUCUACCAUGGAUUGUUGAACCUGGACAAGAAGCCAAAAGAGGCAUUAAUACCAAGUAUGAAACUACCAUUUUCUGAUACGAAACUGUCCCCCCCGUUCCCUGUUGUGCCUUGCACGCCAAGCAGUCACAGCACAGCCUUUCCUUUAUGGCAACAUUUCAAUCCAGCAGCGAGGAAGACUGCACCGUGUGAGUGGCCUUGUAACUAACAAAAAAGGCUGACAGUCAUUUCUGGUGAUGUUCUUCUUCCUCCAGCACUGACAGAAGAAUGACACUAUAUGAAGACUUUUAAAAAUCACAGUCCACAAGAGGAGUGAGAAACCUUAUUUUUCACGCAGUUCUCCCUUGUGACUCUGCCACAGUGCUUUCUUUGAUUUCUUAUUUUAGAAUUCUACUUUUUAAAAAACAAAAACAAAAAGGUCUCUAAACUAACACUAAUGCUGCCUAUAAGUAGAAUAUUUGAUUGGUUUUUUAUUUAAAUCUUGGCAGUUUUUAAUUGAAACAGAACCAGAAUUAAUAAAUAGAGUAUUUGUGAAACCACUGAAUUAAUUCAUAAUUACUGUGUUGAAUAAAGAACUCAUUAAAGUGACAAGAAGUUAGGCACCCUGAUUUCUGUGUGGGCUGGUUUUAUAUGUAAUCGUUGGUGUCCUUUGAUCCUCUACAGAAUAGGAACCUCUUGCAUUGUAACUAAGGAUCAGAGUUUUAUGAAUGGUUGGAAAAAGGUAUUAAUAAUGCACAGAAAACAUUUAUUAGAUAUUUUUAUGGAAGAGAAGUACUAUAGGAAAACAUAUGAAUAUUUAUGGAAGGAAGCCAGAUUAAUUAUGACAAAUAUUGUUUAUUUUAAAGUUAAGUAAACCACUGCUAUUGCAGCAUUAUGAAAAUUAUAAGACUUGUAGCAUCAGUGCACUGGAUGUUCCGUGUGAUCAGUCUGGAAUGAAAGUGGAAUGGUCAUUCUACAUAUAUUUUAUGCAGUUCGAUAUUGCUAUAGCCAUGAAUUCUACUAGUAUUUUUAAAAAAUAAUCAUCUCAGUGGUUCUAAAAAAAAGUCAAAACCAUGGAUUUUGCUAUCAAGAUUUCUGUCACGGAAAGCUUGUUUGGAAGAGUAUUGAUAAAAUUCUACUGCAAAACAUUUUCUAAAUAAAAAUAGUGAGAAAAAAAUUCCAAAGUAAUAAAAAAAGUUUUCAUGGAACAAAAUAGUUAAGCAUUUGCUUAAUAUUUGAUUAAAUAAUAUUUACUUACAUUUUCUUUGAAGUGUUUUAAUUUUUUUAAUGUCUGUGGAGUAUUUGUAUAAUACCAUGAUGUAUAUUUAUGUAGAACUGAAAUUAUAACAGUACAAAUAUCACUAUAGGAGACGAAUGACAUUUUAACGUAUAUUGUUCUAUCCAGGCAAAUUGUGAAUCAUUUUGAAGUUCAUUAUAGAGAUAUUGA